AAUUGGACUUGUUAUCGAUCUGAUCCGUCUGUUGUUGCCGGACACGAGUCAAGACAAUUGGGCGUUGACAGUUGCACACCACCAAUUAACGGCGCCCUUGCAGCCGUUUCUUAGUUGAGUAUAUAUGCUUCGCUGACACUCUGAGCAUGAAAAUUUGAGUUGGAAAUCGCCAACACGUCUUAAAUCAACUGUCAGAAGAAAGACAAACUUAUAUUCCAGAGCGCCGUAACACCACGUCGGGGAGUCUCGCCUGCCGUCUCCUCCGCCGGAGCCCGAAGUGACGCCGCCCUGCCGCCGACUCCGAGGCGCCGUCUGCCGCUAGCGGGGGAUAUGGAGGACGCGCAGAUGUGAGACCCGAGUUCUUCUGCACCUCAGAAUGUCUUUCAAAGGAAACCACAGACGCACGAUGGCCCAGGCCAUUGCCGCCGCCGCUGCCGCGGCGGCCACCGCCGCCCCCGCCACCCCCCCCACGGUGGACAGCCUGCCGGCCGAGGUGCUGCUGGAGGUGUUCUCCUACCUGCCCCUGGCGGACGUGGCGCGCGCCGCCACCGUCUGUGAGCGCUGGCGCGACCUGCUGGCACGCCACACGGCCGUGUGGCGCCACAAGGAGUACUUCACGCGCAAGAAGUCGAGCCGGGACGAGGUGGCGUCCAUCGCGAGCAACAUGCCACAGCUGCACUGCGUGCACGUGCUGCGGGACAACGAGUUCGGCGUGCACAUCGCGUGGCCCGAGGCGGCCAUCAGCCUCUGCUGCGACGCCCCCGCGCCGCCCUUCGUGCGACCACCGCCACGCCGCGUGCCCGGCCCCUACACGGUCGAGUUCAACACACGGCGCCUCGUGGUGUGCAGUGCCACCUUCCAGCACUGCCUCAAGUGGGUGCGGGGCGAGACGCUGGAGGCGCUGCGCGUGGCCGACCAGUGCGAGGGCGCGGGCACGCACCCGGCCAGCCCGUUCUACUACUACCGCGACUUCAGCGCCGGCAGGCACUGCUACGGCCCCAUCUGCAGCUUCCGGGGGCCGGAGCCCCUGUUCUGCGCGCUCUGCGCCUACAGCCACCACUACAACUGCGCCGGCAGGGCGUGCCCGCUCGGCGGCCCGGUCGAGGUGGCGGACGGCGUCGAACUGUGGUGCCACCCGGGGCCGGGGCGCCCCACCGCCGGCGGCGGCGGGCGGCGGGGGCGCGCGGCGGAGGGCGCGUCGCGCGGCGUCACGUCGCUGGAGGCGGAGCUGGAGGACGCGCUGCGCCGCCCGCUGACGGUGCGCUGCCCGGCGCUGGAGGAGGUGACGGUAUCGGGAAUCGGGCUGGCGCCCACCGAGCUGCGUCUGCUGUGCGUGGUGGCGCAGCUGCGCGUGCUGCGCGUCGAGUCGGCCUGCCUGCGCGGGCUCUUCUUCCUGCGACACUGCCGCGACACUCUGGAGGAGCUGACGGUCACGGACGCCACGUGGCUGCCGCCGGAGAGCUUCAGGGACCUGCGGCAGCUCCGCGUGCUCAAGCUGCUGCGCGUCUCCAAGUUCCGCGCGCCGCGCGUGGCGAUCGCCAAGUACACGCGGCACCUCCGCGGGCUGCGGUGCGUCCUGCAGAAGCCGCUGGAGGAGGCCGCCACGGCGACGCUGCCCGCCGAAGAGGAGGAGAUCGGCCUCGAGUAG